CCCGCUUCUCUCACGGUUCAAUGCGAAAGGCUGCUUUGCAGUAAGGCAGGAGUGCGAAUGAGUUUAGAAAGAACCUCAACAUCGAGGCAAAGACAGAGUGUUAGAGGAGAAAUAGAAAAAGCUGCCAUACCCUGUGAAGUCUAGAUGGAUGUGAAAGAGGAAAUGUGCGACAUGAAUGUCAUGGAGAAAAAGACUUUAAAUGUUAAGAAGGAGGACUGUGAAUGGGAGUCCGUCCACCCUAAAAAGGAAAGUGUGGGCAUUAAGGAGGAGGACCGUGAACUGGGGUCAGUGGGCAUUAAAGAAGAGGCCGAAGAGAAGGCUGUCAGCAUUGAGACACCCAAACAUGAAAGUGUGGAGAGUCUCAAGGAAGAAGACCCUCAUGAUGGGUGUCAAGAUGGAGUGGUGACCGAGCUAGUCACCUCACAAAGCAGACACUGUGCAUCCCUGGAGUCCGCUGUUGAUGUGAAGUCUGAACCAACACAGCCUGACACAAAGAGGACUGGGGACGUUUCAUCAGACCGACCAAGGCAAGAUCAACCACCACCUAAAAAUAAGUCUGGAAAAAGAAACAAUCUUUACUGCUGCUCUGAAUGUGGCAAACAGUUUUCACGAAGAAGCACUCUUCAAAGUCACAAAAGAAUUCACACUGGAGAGAAGCCGUAUUGCUGUUCUGAAUGUGGCAGACAAUUCUCACAAAGCAGUCAUCUUCAGUGCCACAAACGAACUCACACUGGAGAUAAGCCAUACUGCUGUCAGGAAUGUGGCAAAAGAUUCUCACAAACAAGCACCCUUCAGCGCCACAAACAAAUCCACACCAAAGAAAAGCCAUAUUGCUGUUCUCAGUGUGGCAAACACUUUUCAGAAAGAAGCCAACUCGAAAGCCACAAAAGAAUUAACACUGAAGAGAGCAGAGAAAAAUGUUGUUGUUCUCGAUGUGGCAAACAAUUCUGUAGCAGUCGUGACCUUCUCAGCCACGCAAGAAUUCACAACAGAGAGAAACCCUAUUGUUGUUUGGAAUGUGGCAAACGAUUCUCACAAGCCAGCACUCUUCGUUGCCACAAACGAAUUCACACAGGAGACAAGUCGUAUUGUUGCUCGGAAUGUGGAAAGCAAUUCUCUUACAGGAGUAAUCUUCUAAGCCACUCAAGAAUUCACACUGGAGAGAAGCCAUAUUGCUGUUUGGAAUGUGGCAAACGAUUCUCACGAGCUAGCAUUCUUCAGUGCCACAAACGAAUGCACACGGGAGAGAAGCCAUAUUGCUGUUCUGAAUGUGGCAAACAGUUUUCACAAAGUAACAUUCUUCAGCGCCACAAAAUAAUCCACACAGGAGAAAAGCCUUAUUGUUGUUCAGAAUGUGGAAAACAAUUCUGUCACAGCAGUAAUCUUCGGAUUCACAAAAGAAUUCACACAGGGGAGAAGCCAUAUAGCUGUUCUGAAUGUGGCAAACAGUUUUCACAAAAUAGCAUUCUUCAGCGCCAUCAAAAGAUUCACACAGGAGAGAAGUCUUUACAAGAUCCACCCUGUUCUGAUAAAGUUCAUCUCAACCAUCAUGACAAAGGACAGAUCACUAUUCCGAACAUAAAAAUAAAAUGAGGAAUUUUUCAUUGAGACUCUUUAUCACCCCUACUGUUCUGCGUAGCAUUAAACCCAUUAAGCACCCUUCUGCCAUGGAUUUAAUAUCAGCUCUCGCAAUGAACCAGAACCUCAGAUGGUUACUCGCCUCCUGUUUACCAACGAUUUGAAACUGCACAUCUCUUACAGCCAUUGGAGGAGCCGCUAGACUUAGUAAAAAUGUUUUCAGAUGGCAUCGGAAUGGAAUUCAGGCUCGACAAGUGUCCCAAAGCUACCUUCAUUAGUGGAAUGCUAACCUUCACUUCAAAUAUCGGCAUUAGUCGGGAGUGUGCUUUUAAGAAAUCGAACCCAGAUAAAACAUACAGUCACCUGGGUAUACACUGAGGAGCAGACAGAAAUCAUAAAACACAAAGAUAAACACCAGCAAAAUAAAAUGAUACUACAGUUUUGGUACAUUCAAUUGGCCCCAAAUUUCAUAAACUUUGUAAACUGGACACCAAAAUGUGAAAAUUGCUGCAUGACCACCAACCCAUUUAUGAAAAUCAAUAUAUUGCAAGAGUCUGUAUGCCAAGAUUGGAAGGAGGGUAUGGGCUUAUUUGAAAAUGACUACACUUACAGAUCAGCAGUAAUUGGAAUACAGAUUUACCCGAUGAACUCAAAGGGCCGAAAUAUACAAAGAAUAUUCAACUAUAAAAUAAGAAACACCCAAAACAACAUUCCUGUCCAAACUAACUCGGCUAUUAAGGAAAAAAUGAGGAAAUGACUAAAACUUCCCCACCUUCAGUACAAAUUGAUACAGUACAUUACACCUAGCAGCAUAUGGAAGAACGGUACAAAAUAUAUCUGGAAAGAAAAAAAAUAGGAAGACCACAAAUACUGUAUAGUAGUAAGCAUGCUGCCCUUCACAUCACAAGCACUAUGCAGACUCACAAUGUACCCCAUGCAUGGAUCAUAUAGAGCAAACUAUGACCAAAAGUUGAAUGCAUAAUCAUGGCUGCACAGGAUGGCGGCUUGCACAGAGCUAUGAACUGUCAUUCUUCACAAAGAAAGGCACAACAAAGUGGGCAAGCUCUUUGACUGGAAACUCUGCAAGAAGUAAAACUUAACAACGCCAGAAAGACAAUCCAGACUGCAUAAAGGAAAAUGAGGAGGUGUCAGUCACUUGGGACAUGCCAGUACCAGUGGAUGGAAAAACAAAUACUAGAAAACCAGAUAUACGAGGGACAUUCAAAACGUUUCCACACUUUCGUAUUUUCGUUGGAAACAGUUAAGGCGGGAGGAGUAGUA